AUGCAGCGACCCUACCAGACUCAACAACUGGAGGAGACGCAGAGUGUACCACUCACGGAGCUGCUGAAGGGACAGGGUCUCACGACCGAGCUGCUGCUGCUUGCGCGGACCACCACCGGAGCCACUCCUCUACGUAGACCCGCAACCAGCUCCACCGCCACCCCCGCCGCCUCCGCCGCCUCCGCCGCCUCCGCUACUACCGCCGCCUCCGCCGCCUCCUCCACCGCCGCCACCUCCGCCACCUCCGCUCCCACCGCCAUCGCCGCCGCCGCCGCCUCCGCCUCCGCAGCCGCCACCGACACCUCCACCCCCACCACCACUCCCAUCGCCACCCCCACUCCCCCCGCCGCCUCCACCUCCACCUCCACCGCCCCUGCUCGCCCCUCUAGUGCCCCUGCCCCCCCUUGCCCUUGCCAGAGUGGCGUCUCCCGCUAG